AUGAGUAAGAGAUUUAUUAUCAUUUUUGUUGGCACUGGUGAUCUAUCUAUUUCGCUAUCUCCCCGAAAGGAUAAAAUCUAUCGUUUAUCUAUCAAUUUUUCUUACCAGAAUCUAUCAAUCUAUCAAUUUUUCUUACCAGAAUCUAUCAUUUAUCUAUCAAUUUUUCUCACCAGAAUCUAUCAAUCUAACAAUUUUUCUUACCAGAAUCUAUCAUUUAUCUAUCAAUUUUUCUUACCAGAAUCUAUCAUUUAUCUAUCAAUUUUUCUUACCAGAAUCUAUCAAUCUAUCAAUUUUUCUUACCAGAAUCUAUCAUUUAUCUAUCAAUUUUUCUUACCAGAAUCUAUCAAUCUAACAAUUUUUCUUACCAGAAUCUAUCAUUUAUCUAUCAAUUUUUCUUACCAGAAUCUAUCAAUCUAUCAAUCUUUCUUACCAGAAUCUAUCAUUUAUCUAUCAAUUUUUCUUACCAGAAUCUAUCAAUCUAUCAAUUUUUCUUACCAGAAUCUAUCAUUUAUCUAUCAAUUUUUCUUACUAGAAUCUAUCAAUCUAUCAAUUUUUCUUACCAGAAUCUAUCAUAUAUCUAUCAAUGUUUCUUACCAGAAUCUAUCUAAGGCUACCAGGACACCUCGAGGUGGUGACGAAUUCAUAGCGAUCGACUACAUUUACGUCUUUCUCUCUGUCUCUCUUCGUCUCUCUCCCUCUCCCCAACUUUCUCUCCUCCCCCACUCUCCGUCCCUAUUAAGCAUUUUUCUUCUUACAUUUUUUAAGCCGUGUUUAUUUUGA